AUGGAGCAAGAUGAGGCGGGAAAUACCAUCUCUUUAUGCAACAAUGCGCCAAUAAAGACCGGUCUGUUGACAAUGAGCAAGCGUCGCAUCUCAGAAACUAUAUCACCAUCUCCUGAUCCAUCACCGGCAGCAGUAUCCCCAGCAGCAGCAGCAUCGGCACCAGCACCUAAACGACGCCGAAUGCGACGACAACACCACAGACAGUAUUUAUCCGUCGAUCCUCCAUCUCCGGAGGACUACUACCACGCCUCACCUACUACUACUACUACUCCGGUAUCACCUACUAUCCCCCCUGCACCAUCAUCCCCUCCACCACUACCACUACCACCAAGAACAACCCCCCGUUAUCGACAAAUCCUCCCAAAACCAGCAUUCACCUCCACUUCCACCCCAAAACCCCCUACACACUCACCUCACCCUCACCCUCAACCCCAACCCCAACCCCCCAAAGGAAAAAACCCCAAGAGUGAAACAAGAAAAACCAAAAUCCACCCGCACCUCCCCCCCAUCCUACACCACCUCCGCACACCCCUCCACCCACUCGUCUCCAGCACAACAGGCCACGAACACCCCGACUUCCCUCUCUCCUUACUGCAAUACCACCUCCUCACGUCGGAUCAACUGGACAGACUCGCUGUGCAUUUCCAUCAGGUGCAUCCGCCGGUGCGUGGCUCGUUCUGGUAUCCGGUGAGGAUUGUGCCGUGGCUUAGAUGGGAUGGUGGGAAGGGGAGGUAUGUGGAUAUGGAUAUCGGUGAGGGUGUGGGUGUGGGGCUGGAGGUAAAGAGGAGGAGGUUUGGGAGGUUUAUUGGACUUAGGGGGUGGAGGAAAGGGCGGGGGAGAAGGAGGGAGGUGGAGGUGGGGAUGGAGGUGGAGGAGGGGGAGAUUAGGGAGGAAGAUGUUGGGGUGGAUGAGGAGGAAGAGGAAGAGGAAGAGGAAACGGCGGAGGAGAUGUUGGCAAGGAUGGAGAGGGAGUGGUUUGAGGCGAUGAUGAGGGCGAGGUAUGAGGGGGAGUAUGCGAUGAGGUGGAAGAUGGGGAGGGGUUGAUCAUUUACUUACUACUAUUAUUUGUUAUCAUGGUUGGGUUUAUGUUGCUGGGACAUGUAUUCGUUGGAUUAUAUAUUCGUUAUGAGUGUGGGUAUACUAUAUAGUAUGGCGUUAUGGUGAACUUCAUUUGUUGAGCUAAUGCCCCAUCCCUCUCACCCAAUUCUCCUCCACAAUUCGCCAAUACUUCUCGCGACUGUGCAUUCGGAACGACUUCC